UUGGUUUUUUGUUUGGCAAAUUUUCAUGUUACAGAACGUACAGAACCCAUAAAGUAAGAUUAAGAACAACGUAUAUAGACGCAAUAUGAAUAUAUUCGUUGGUAAGAAGCAUAAAUCUAAUAAUUUUUGAUCUUUUAUAUCCCAAAUUUUCGCAUUUAUAUAUCUAUUUUGGUUUGGUACAAAUAUUUACAUUUAUUUAGAUUUGAUAGGUACAUUACAAAAUUGACACCUGCGACGUUGUCGGCUUAUGAAAGAAGUGGAAUAUUUAUGCAAAAUAACGAACCUUAUGUAUUUAAAAUAAUGCCCCAUUUAAUAACAACGAAUUAGACAACAUUUGGUAACUACGAAAUAGACAACAUUGGAGAAAAUUUAUGUGACAACUGUGAUUGUUAUUUCCCGGUCAUUUAUUUGUAUUAAGAAUUGCAUUAAAUCAAAUAAUCAUAUAAGUUUCAUUCCAAAUAAAUGUGAUUAACUAAUUCAAGUAAUUUGAUUAAGUAGUUAUCUACACAUUGGAAUGUGAAAAGUUUAAUUUUUAAAAUGGAAAAACUACAAAGGAAACGCUCUGCAUCCCAUCAACCCCACACAAGAAAGAUUUGCAGAAAUCUUUCUAUUGCUAAAAAGAGAAGAAUAAAGUAUUCCCAAAAUAAUGACUUAGUAUUAAUAGAUCAUGUUAAUGAAGAUAUAAAUGUUCCUUCUGUGUCAAAAAUUGUUGAAAUUGUUCCCUUAGAACAAAAUGACCAACCCAAUAAGGAAAUCACUACACUUCAACCAUUACAAAGUAGUUUAGAAGAAAAUGAAAUGAAAGAUUUGAACAUUGCUGACAAUAGCGAAACCAAAACACAAGAUUAUGAACAAGACAGAAUUGUCAUAGACCAAGAACAUCAUAUUAUUAUUCCUUCUUAUUCGUCAUGGUUUGAUUACCAUACCAUUCAUGCUGUUGAAAAGCGGGCAGUAUCAGAAUUUUUCAAUGGUAAAAACAAAUCUAAGACACCAGAGAUAUAUUUAGCAUAUAGAAAUUUCAUAAUAGAUACAUAUCGCCUCAAUCCAACAGAAUAUAUAACUAGUACUGCUUGCAGAAGAAACCUUGCAGGGGAUGUUUGUGCCAUAAUGAGAGUUCAUGCUUUUCUUGAACAAUGGGGAUUGAUCAACUACCAAGUAGAUACUGAAUCCAAGCCAACACCCAUGGGUCCCCCAUCUACUACUCAUUUUCAUAUUCUGACUGAUACUCCAAGAGAUCUUAAAUCUAUUAAUACUCCAUGGGUUAACAGAACAAAAAAUUUAAUGGAUCUUGAUAAAACCAAAGUUAGGAAACCAAAACCUGCUGCUAAGAUGGGCAACUUUGGAUUAAAAUCAGAUCAGUAUGCUAAACAAUCUAAGUCUUUCAGUCAGAAGGGUAUAACAUCUGUACUAGGAGAUUGGACAGAUCAGGAGACUCUUCUUCUUCUGGAAGGAUUGGAAAUGUAUAAAAAUGAUUGGAAUAAAGUUAGUGAUCAUGUAGGUUCUCGCACUCAAAGUGAAUGCAUUCUUCAUUUUCUUAGACUGCCAAUUGAAGAUCCUUAUUUAGAGGGACCAGAUAAUGGAAGUGCUUUAGAACCUUUAACUUGUGAACCCAUUCCAUUUAGUGAUAUGGGAAGUCCAAUUAUGUCAACUGUAGCAUUUUUAGCUUCUACUGUAGAUCCUAAGGUAGCAGCAGCAGCUGUUAAAUCAGCUAUGCACGAAUUUUCUACUAUUCAAGAUGCAGUAAUUACAGAUACAAAUGUGAAAACUUCUAGUGGUAAUUAUGGGGAAGCAUCUAAUUUAAAGGCAAAUGGUGAAGCUGACACUAUACUAAGUGAUGAUUAUGAAGGUGACAAUCAAAAAAAUGAGGCAGAUGGAAAAUCUGGUGAAGAGCAAAACCAUUCAAAUACAGUUAAAGAAGAUGAAAAAAUGCACAUGUAUACCAAAAAUAAUGAGUUUACAAAACAUAGUGAAAUACAGAGUGCAGCAGCUGCUGUAUUAGCUACUGGAGCAGUUAAAGCUAAACAUUUAGCUGCAAUAGAGGAAAGACGGAUAAAAUUUUUUAUAGCUGCACUUCUAGAAACUCAAAUGAAAAAGCUUGAAAUCAAAUUAAGAUGCUUUGAAGAACUAAACAGAACUAUGGAAACAGAAAUAGGAAGGCUUGAAUACCAAAGGCAACAACUUAUCAUAGAAAGACAAGAGUUAAACAUGGAAAAACUAAAAGCUGCUCAAAUAAUACGCAAUCAAAAUCAAAACACAGGAUAUACUACAAUUUGAAAAAUCACCAGUGGCUACUCAGAAAAUGUUACCAGAUGCUCUUUAAGUGCUGCUUCACAAUUUGAUACUGUUAGAAAUCAAUCUAUUUUAUUUUUAUGAGCUGUGUUUUUCUUAUUUUUGUAUUCUUUGUGAAUUUACUUUUUAAAUACAAGAAAAUAAAAUAAAUUAUUUGAAAUGUUCUUUUAUUAUUGAAAAUUAAGCCUCAUUUUAAUGUUCAUGUUAUGUUUAAUGUGUAAUGUUAAGAAAGGACCCUGCAACACAUGGAAUAGUGGUCCUGGUCAAAUUUAACGAAACUUUGGUCAAUGAUAGUCUUCAAUGAGUAGAUUAAAAAAGUCCAUGGCACCUAGGUCUGAAAAACUAUUAUUCUCGAGCUACAGCCUUCUGAAGUUCUUAAAUUCAGGUACUCGGUUUACGUUAAGUGCACUAAUUCACGGUCAAGUGAAUGAAAAUAUCUAUUACUGAAAGAAGACAGACUCAUUUUCUUCAUGCAUAUACAGUGUGUCUGCGUAACUUGGAACCAUAUGAGAAACUUUUUU